CUCCCUGGCAGACCUCUCUCUCUCUCCUCCCUCCCCGCCAUUCUCUCUCCUCCCUCCGUGACUGUCCUCUCUCUCCUCCCUCCCAUACUAGUGGAUCUCAGGAGCUGUCACAGGCUUUGUGGUGCUGAACAGACGCGGCCGACAGAAGAUGCCUGGAGCUGGGAUUGGCCAUCACUGAGCAGUCUGCGGCACAGGCAGGACCGGGAGGACAUGAGCGACACCAGCAGCUCCCUCCUGCCGGCCGGGGAGAGCAGGAGAACCCACCAUAGACACCAGCUGACACACGAGACUGAUACCAGUUUCAGGAGGCCUCUUUGUCACCCCAGAGAAAGCGGGUUAGGGGGCAGCAGGAGGCGCCAGUCCCCAUGCACAGAGGAGAGCCCCCCAGUAGCCAGGAGAAUCCCGCCACACGAAGGGAUCAGGAGGUCUAGGCACCCAAGCAACCCACACCACCACCAGCACCCCAGCAGCCACCACAGGCAUCCCCCCAUUCAUCCCCAGCAUGCCUCCACUAACUACCAGCACCAUAGCACCUCUCCUGACCAUGGCCACAUCCAGCACCACCCCAACUUCCAGAGCCAUCACCCCCACACUCCCACUCACCACCAGCCACAUCUCAGCCAAAACCACUACCCCCCUGCUCAUCAGCACAUGGCACCCCACAGCCAUAGACCUCAAUCUUCUAGUCCAAAACAGCAAGUUCCCAGCCCCAGGCAUCAUACCCACAACUCCAGGGAGUACCUCCCACCAAGCCCAAGGAAUUGCCCACCCAGUCCCAGAGAGCUCCCUCCAAGCCCCAGGCAGCUUCCUCAUAGCCCCAGGGAACAGCCAGACUCUGCAGGGGAACAGAGGCUGAAGAGGAAAGAGUCCAUGAAAGGGGCAGAUGGAGCCCCCACCCAGUCUGCUAAGCCAAGUGAACUACCCCCAACCAAAAGCAGUGACAGUGACCCUGAAGCUGAACCCCUGUUUGUGGAGCUGCACCCUAUCCUCAGCUCUGUGUUUGGCCAGGACAGAGAAUUACGCCCAGAAGAGAUAGAAGAGCUCAGAGAAGCAUUUAAAGAGUUUGACAAAGAUAAAGAUGGCUACAUAAGCUGCAAAGACUUGGGAGACUGUAUGAGGACCAUGGGGUACAUGCCAACUGAGAUGGAGCUUAUUGAGUUGUCACAGCAGAUCAACAUGAACCUUGGAGGCCAUGUAGAUUUUGAUGAUUUUGUGGAAUUGAUGGGACCCAAGCUUCUUGCUGAGACAGCAGAUAUGAUUGGAGUAAAGGAGCUUCGAGAUGCUUUCAAAGAGUUUGAUACUAAUGGUGAUGGAGAGAUCAGUACAAGUGAACUCCGUGAAGCAAUGAAAAAGCUCCUCGGACAACAGGUUGGCCACAGGGACAUUGAAGAUAUUAUACGUGAUGUUGAUCUCAAUGGUGAUGGCCAGGUGGACUUUGAAGAGUUUGUCCGGAUGAUGUCACGUUGAACACCAGAAGAUAAAUGACUGUUAUCUGAAUGAUAUACCUGCCCUGGAGAGGCAGUGCCUGCACCAGUAUCCUAACAUCCCUGUCAUGAAUGGGCAGUGCCCAUGUUACCCAUACUGUCCCCACCUGGAGGGGCUGUGCCCAUGUUACCUCCAAAUGUUCUGUUUGAUGGUUAUGGAAUCCUGCAUAAACGAUUCCAGCUGUAUGUUCAACUGCUCUGAUUCAUAUCGUACUGUUCCACAAAUAUAGUUUCAAACCCAGCAUGGACCCUAACAGCGGGGUAACUUUCAUGGCCUUUUUGUGACUUUUGGGCUUAAGGAAGAUCCCUACAAAAUGAUGAAAAAGAGCAGACCUCUUUAUGCAUGAGUCAGACCCCUGUGUGUGACUUUACUCUUAGAGGAUUCGUGCAAUAAUAGAUUAGAAUGUGCUUCCCGAAUUUCCACAAAGUUAAAUAAAUAAUCAACAUUAUCAGUA